CAAUAAUAAUACAAUACAUAUCAUGGAUGGUGGGGCACCCUGAGCCAAUACUCCAGCUAUAUUUUCAUGAUGACAUUUGAUUUUCGUCGGGUUUCCCACCCGCUUCCCGCAUAGAAAGCCCGUGUGCGUCUGCGCCACCAGGCAGCAAUCCGCUGGCUCAUGUCAGAGCUUCAUUUUAUCUCGCUGAUUCACGAAAAAUUUCACAAUUCCGCUGCGUAUUGGGCGGACUCCUCCGGGAGCUCGACACGGAGAGCGUUAGCUGAAAUCAUAGGCGUGGUUUUGGAUGGAGAUGCUCCGUCUGCUCCCGCUGGGAUCCCCACCUGCCUUCACACCGCGUUUGUCACCACGCCAGCUGGUGUUUUCCUGAGCUUGAGCCACUAGAGCGCGAAUUUGAUUACAUUUUGGGGGAAUAUUGAUUUUUUCGUUUAGGGUGGGUGCAUUGUAAUAACAGCUCUGUGGACGUACGGGGCGCCCGGUUUAAUCACCUCCAGAGCGAGAGGCGGCGGCGGCGGCGCACGGCACUUGGCGGAGAUAAACAGGAGCGGACAGCGCGUCGCUUGGCCUCCAGCAGCAGCAGGAACCACAGCGGAGACCCUGGUUCAUGUGCAGGGCUGAUCGACGCGCAGGUCAAAGAUGGAAAAAACACGCAAGAUGUCCAAACGAUCGACUUGGCUUUGCGUACUUGUAGUGGCGUCUGUUUUGCUUGUGGUGGACAGCAAGAGAGCCAGGCAGCCGCGCUGUCCCUCAUCAUGUACAUGUACCAAAGAUAACGCGUUGUGCGAAAGCGCAGGACUGAUCCCUCGCAGCUUCCCCCCCGAUGUCAUAUCACUAUCAUUCGUAAAGUCUGAAUUCACUGAAAUCCCGAAAGAGAGCUUCAUCCACACGCCUGCCCUGCAUCUCCUCCUCUUCACAGCCAACAACCUGGAGUCUAUUAACGAGGAUGCUUUCCUUGGUCUUCCUCAUCUGGAAUAUUUGUUCAUCGAAAACAACCAAAUCAAGUCUAUUUCCCCACAUGCUUUUCGUGGACUGAAAACCUUAGUACAUCUGAGUCUGGCCUACAAUAAUCUGGAAACUCUGCCCAAAGAUUUGUUCAAGGGUCUUGAGGCAUUGACAAAAGUAGACUUGCGAGGGAACCAGUUCACCUGUGACUGUAAGCUGAAGUGGUUGGUGGAGUGGAUAUACAGCACCAACGCCACAGUGGAUCAGAUUUACUGUAAAGGCCCGGCCUCGCAGCUGGACAAGAAGAUCAAUGAUCUGGUGCCACAAUCCUUCGACUGCAUCACCACAGAGUUUGCAUCUUAUCAGUCCCUGAAAUUUGAAUCCAUAUCUGUGGAGGCGUUUUCCUUUGGGAAUGAUCAGUAUGUGGUGUUUGCCCAGCCCUUCAUAGGGAAAUGCAGCUUUCUGGAGUGGGAUCAUGUGGAGAUGGUGUUCAGAAACUAUGACGAUAUUGACAGCACAUCCACAGUGAUUUGUAAACCUCUGGUCAUUGACAACCAGCUCUUUGUCAUCGUGGCUCAGCUGUUUGGUGGCUCGCACAUUUAUAAGCGUGACACCUCCGCCAACAAAUUCAUCAAACUCCAAGGCAUUGACAUCCUCAAAAUCCGCAAACCAAAUGAUGUUGAGACGUUCCGCAUCGAUGGAGAGUCCUUCUUUGUCAUAGCAGACAGCUCCAAAGCUGGAUCCACCACCAUCUACAAGUGGAACGGCAAUGGCUUCUACUCUCACCAGUCGCUCCAUCCAUGGUACCGGGACACAGACGUGGAGUACAUGGAGAUCUCCUCCAAACCUCACCUGAUCCUGUCCAGCAGCUCCCAGAGGCCGGUCAUCUACCAGUGGAACAAAAGCACCAAGCUGUUUGACAGACGCACCGACAUCCCAGAGAUGGAGGACGUCUACGCUGUGAAGCAUUUUCAGGUCAAAUCAGACCUCUUCAUCUGUCUGACGCGCUUCAUUGGCGACUCCAAGGUGAUGCGGUGGGAUGGGGCCCUCUUUAGAGAGUUGCAGACCAUGCCCUCCCGUGGCUCCAUGGUGUUCCAGCCCUUCUCUGUGGGCAGCUGGCAGUACGCAAUCCUGGGCAGCGAUUACUCUUUCACCCAGGUGUACCGCUGGGAUGCAAAGAAGGGCGAGUUUGUGCAUUUCCAGGAGCUGAACAUCCAGGCACCGAGGGCCUUCUCUCCAGUCUCCAUAGACAACCGGCAGUUCUUGUUGGCCUCAAGUUUCAAAGGGAAAACUCAGAUUUAUGAGCACCUGGUCAUUGAUCUGAGCAACUGAUUGUUUUUGUGACUGGUUGUUUUCUGUUGCAGCAGAUCCUGACCAAACUGCAACUACAGUCAGGUGAUCCUAACUUGACAAAGGCAGGCAUUACUCUUUUUUUAAAUCUUCCAUUGAAAUCAGCGCAUGAUACAUGAAAAGAUUAAUACAUGUGUCUCAACCAAAUAUAUUUGGCUGAGAUGCAUGUUGAGUUCAAUGCAUGCACCUCAAGUUAGGAUUGGACCCGACAUGUUGUCAAGACAUUAAUGCAUGACCAGGGCCGCACACGGGCCGUCCCAUCCUGACGAAUGCAACACCCACGCUCAUUAAUCCAUUAAAUCUCGCCAGUAGGUUCUUUUUUGUGUUUUAAGCUUUUCAUGUGACUCAGCAAUGUUUAUACAUUUGUAAUCUCAUAUAUUUAUCUACAGAAAGUAAUGGUACUUUUUAACCUAUUAACAUGUUUAACUGAACAAAUCUGCCAAAAUGAAAUGUUUACAUUUUUCUGUCUUUCCACUUGUACGCUAAAAAGAAUUUGUAAAUGAAGUUUUUGUAAGUUUAAGAGGGACCAUGCCAGUUCGAUACAUAUUUGUUAAGGAAAAUGAUUUAUAAUUUGGAAAUAAUAUCAACAGAAAUGUGUGAGAAUCUACCUGUAAAUCCUUGCAACUCACAUUUUUAUCUUUAAUGGUUUGUAUAAUGUUUAAAGUAUUGAAAUUACAGUUUUUCAUAAGAAGUAUGGAAACAUUUUGGGCACACACAGGAACUAUUUUCACACACUUAAAGAAGCUGAAAGAGGAUAUUGUUCAUAAUGCUUUGACUAACAUGUAUGCCAAAUACAUCAACUGUGUCAUGGUUAGGAUUAAGUUAUUGACUAAUAUCAUGCUAUUUAGAGUCAAUAAAGGUUUACAUUAUUAACUGUCAUCGAGCUUCCUGCUGGCACUGUGUAGCGUGACAAUGGUUCAAUGUAAAAUGCCGACACCUGGUCUUCAAAGCAAAACAACAUUAACACAUCUACUUAAUUGCUUGAGGGAAUCUUAUUAGUUGUGUAACUAUGGAUUCAGAUCUUGGAAAUAAAAUAAAAAUAAAUACAAACAAAUAAAAUCCUUUUUAUUUUCUCCAACAAAGUGCACGCCUCAAUUCUACAAAGCAGCACAUUACAAUGUAAUGGAAUAAAUACAAUAAAAUCCGCUGAAUUAAAAAAAAAAAGAAAAAAAAGAAAAAGAAAAACACAAGCAAGGAGAUACACAAGUACCUGCACAAUCACACUGGUGGCAGGACUAAAUCGGGCUCUUUAGAAAGGCUCAGUGAGACAAAC